AUGAGUGAGCCAGCAAAUACUAUCUCUUUAUCUCCUUUGGCUGUUCCAACGAAUACUACAUUGAUGCGAUUUUUAAUAUUGGGGUGCUAUAAUGGGCUUCUCUGCAUUCUCGAGCAACCAAGUGGAAUUUACUCGUGGAACCCAUCCACUGGAUUCUCCAGGAAUCUGCCAGAGCAACCAUGUAGAAUUCACUUGUGGAAUCCAUCCACUGGAAUCUCCAAGAAAUUGCCAGAAAUUUCUAAUGUCUGCUAUGUUCAUAAUUUUGGAUUCGGUUGGGUUGAAUCGAGUGGUGAGUACAAGGUGUUUGUGAGUGUGGCUAAUCUUGAUAAUAACGAGUGGAAGUGGGUUGGUAAAGUUUAUAGUUCAAAGACAAAAUCAUGGAAAACAAUAGAGCGCUGCGAGGAAUAUGAAUAUACAUAUCCUUGCAAAGAGGGGAUAUUUGCAGGUGGGAAGCUUUACUGGACGAAUAAUAAUGGAUAUAAAGAAGAUAUUAUUUUCUUGGACUUGAAGAGUGAGGUGUUGGGAAGGAUUAAGCUUCCCUUUGAUCACGAGUUUUGCGUGGAAGAGCCCUGGUUUGUGGGUGUGCUUGGUGGUUGCCUUUGCGCGCUAGAUUAUGUUGGAACAGACGUCGUUCAAGUUUGGGUUAUGAAGGAGUCUUGGGAGAAAGUGGUGACUCUUUCUCAUCUUCUUGAGCUUCUUCAACCACCACCAUUGGUGGUGGGUCUAAAGGGAGAGAUUUUGGUAAAUUGUGGAUUCAUUUUGUUGGGUUUUGAUCGUCAGGAUAAUGUGUUCCGUUGUCCCGAGGUUUGUCGUCGUUACAGUUCAACUCUUGUCUAUGUUGAAAGUUUAGUCUCGCCAGAAGAUUUAUGA